CAGCGAACCAGAAAAAUCUUGUGUUGAAUGAUGAAUUCCAUCAAUCUGGAGCCAAAAAGAAUUUGGAAGUUAUUCGAUUGAAUUCUGAAGAACCCAACUCCCAGCUUGGUGGUAUGAGAUAUUGAAAUGUCAAGAUUUUUCAUUUGAAAGGUAAUAUUUUGAUCACUGGUUUGUAGGUGUAGAUUUGGAUCUCUGUUGGACCUGGAGAUUCUUGAGUUUGGUUUCUGGGUUUUUGGCUUUGUGUGAUCUAGAUUUUGGAUUUUGGAUUUUUUUUUUUUUAUAACUCGGGUGUCCGGGCCCAGCUUUCACGCACCUCGACUAAUCUUGAGAACUAAUCCCAGAAUUUUGGAUUUUCGAUUGUUGCUGUUAGUAGAAAUUGGAGUUUUAAGUGUUUGCUUAAUUUGGUUGAGACAUACUGGAGAUUUUGGAGAAGGGUUUUACAUGGGGAAGCCACUGUUUUAUGAGAUCUUGGAAAAACCUGCUACUAGUUGUGUUAUAGGAAUAUGCAGUGCAAUUUGGUUCUACAUACAGAAGAAAAAUAUAGGGUAUUCACAUGUGGGACUAAGUUAUGAAACCGCUGUUGAAGGACACCAUUGGAGGAUUAUAACGUCUGCUUUUUCCCAUAUCAGCAUCCUUCAUCUUGUUUUCAAUAUGAGUGCACUUUGGAGCCUUGGAGUCGUCGAACAGUUAGGGCCGAUGGGACUAGGGGUCGAGUUUUAUCUUCAUUACACGCUAGUACUCGUAGUGUUAUCAGGGUUGGUAGUGUUGGGAGCUUACCAUGUUUUGAUUUCAAAUUUCAAGAUAGAGUAUUUCCGGAGAGUGACAGCUGUUGGGUAUUCGUGUGUGGUUUUUGGCUGGAUGACGAUUCUUUCAGUGAAGCAACCAUCGUCCAAGCUAAACCUUUUAGGGCUUCUUUCUCUGCCAAUCAGUUUUGCACCGUUUGAGUCGCUUAUAUUUACCUCAAUAAUAGUUCCACAAGCAAGUUUUGUUGGCCACUUAUCCGGCAUUAUUGUUGGUUAUGCUAUUGGUUGGGGUCUGAUCCGUGGGAUGAAUAACUAUUGGGCAGUUUCUAUGUUGGGAUGGAUUGUAGUUGUGUUUGUGUUGAGUUUGAAGCACUCUGGUUUAUUUGAUUUCCACUUUCUUGAGAUUGAAUCCGUUACAGAUCCCUCCUUGCCUUCUGUGCGGAUUUUGGCUUCAGGAAAUGGUAGGAAUCUGCAAAUAAGUUCGCUGCCAGUUGUCGGUGCAGAUGUUGUGUAGCUUACAGUUGAGCCAUGAUAUUCUUUGUGGGAAGUACUGCACUCAGAUUAGGGCAAGCUUUUAUUUACCUUGUACACCAGGCCUCGUUUGAUUCGCGGAUUAACUGCAUGGGAUAGGACUAACUGUACAAUCCUGAGUUAUCCCCCGUUUGGUUCCCGAAAUGACUGUCCGGAUUAUUAAUCCUUGUAUUAUUGUUCUCAGGUGCUUCAUUUACCUGCAAGAGAAGAGUUUUUUCUGGUCUUUAAGAUCUUGCUGUCCUUUCUCUUCCAUUCAAUUGUUUUUUCCACUAAAUGAAAUGUCAAUGUUAAUGGGUUUGUUACAGAAACAAUUCUGACAUGGCCUCAUAGAACAAAAGAUGGGAUGAAUUUGAUUACUAUGUUAAUUUACUCGUUUUCUUU